AUGUUUGGCCCUUACACUAACAACACUGAGAAUAAAGAGCUCUACGCCACUUUUAUUCCCAAGAUCGAGGCCUACAGAGCAAAGCUGCAAGCUGGGAUUCUUGAGGAAUACAAGCUAAGUGAUAACCUCAUUCCCCAAGAAACAGGGACAGACGUUACUGGAAUUCCAGAAAAAGUACUCACGGAGGAGGAACUGACAAUAGUCAACACUCCCGGCUAUGAACUCGUCAAGCAGCUUGCGUCUGGCAAGUUAACUGCCGUCCAAGUUUUCAAGGCCUAUGCAAAGACGGCUACAGCGGCUCACCAGCUCACCAACUGUGCCAUGGAGCUGUUCUUGGACGAGGGACUCAAAAGAGCAGAGGAACUGGACGCUUACUACAAGAAGACCGGCCAGACAGUCGGUCCUCUGCAUGGCCUCCCAGUGUCCCUAAAAGAGCACUACAAUUACAAAGGAAAGGUCACGCACGGCGCCUGUGUCUCUAAAAUUGAAAACGUCACAGAUAAUUGGUGCUUGACUGUUGAGGUUCUGCUUGAGGCUGGUGCAGUCUUUUACAUCCGAACCACCGAACCUCAGACACUAAUGCAUCUCUGCUCCAACAACAAUAUUACCGGGCUGUGCAAAAAUCCUACAAACACGGCUCUGACCACUGGCGGGUCGAGUUCCGGCGAAGGUGCCCUUGUGGCCAUGCGUGGGUCUGUGUUUGGUUUAGGCUCCGACAUUGGCGGCUCUAUUCGCUGUCCUGCUGCCUUCUGCGGGGUGUUUGGUCUCAGACCAACUCAGAAAAGAUUGUCCAUGAAAAACGUGACUUUCUGCGGCACUGGAGUUGGCGAAGCUGUCGUUUGCGUCUUAGGACCUCUUGCACGAAGUGCACAAGAUAUUGAUCUUUUUAUGAAAGCCUCGCUGGACGGGAAACCAUGGCAGAGGGACGCCACCAUCCUGCCGCUGCCCUGGAGAGAUGUUCCCGUGCCUGCUGCCAAGGACUUGAAGGUGGCUAUUAUGUAUGACGACGGAGUUGUCAAGCCUACACCUCCAAUUAUCAGAGGGCUGAAACACGCGGCCCAAAAGUUAAAGGCAGCAGGUGUCAAGGUGGUUGAAUGGGACUCAUUUGGGGUGCUUGAGUUGGCCGAAAUUUGUGGCUCAUUUUACAAUGCUGAUGGGGGCAGAGCACAGAAGGCCGGUCUGGCUGCCUCGGGCGAACCCACAUGCGAACUGUCCAAAAUUGCUCUCUCAUUUGGCUGCGGAGAAAAAGGAUUGUCUGCUGCCGAGGAGCACAUUGGGCAGGGUAUCCGGGACAAAUACAGAAUCGAGUACCAGGACAAAAUGGUCGAACUUGGAGUGGAUUUCAUUCUAUCGCCAACAUACGUUUCCGUUGCAACCAAGCCGGAAAAAAUUCAUUACUGGGGCUACACCAGCUUGUGGAAUGUGCUGGAUUUCCCAAACGUCGUGUUCCCUACUGGACUCAAAUGCGACCCGGCUUUGGAUGCCCCAGAUAGAUCCUAUAAGCCAAGGAGCGAGCUAGAGGCGUAUGAGUACAGUCUGUAUGAUAACGCUGAGGACUUCAAGGGUGCGCCAAUCUCUCUGCAGCUGACGGGCAGAAGAUGGCUGGACGAAGAGGUCGUGAAGGCUGCGCAGACAGUCCACGAAAUUGUCGCGGUCUAA